AUGACGUUGUAUAUAGAUACAAAGCUUAGUUUUUCUGAUGAGAAUGUAGUAUGUACGGUAGGUUCUUGGCAUCCUUCUUUACCACUUUUAGCUGUGGGAUCAUACAGCCAAGAAAAAGGAGGGUUUGUCACAAUAUUCCAAGAAACAGGCUUACCUUUGGAAGAAUGCGAAUGGCCAAUAUUAUUAGCAAAUCAAGUAACAGCCCUUACAUGGCAUCCAACAAGACGAUUGUUAGUUGUUGGCUGGGAUGGAGGAGAACUCUAUAUUUGGCUUGAGUAUUCAUGGGCUCGUCUAGAAGCCCCACACAAUGCUGCUUUGACUACUAUCGCUUUUAGCUUAGGAGGGGGCAGGUUACUGGCUUCAGAUGCUGCAGGUUCAUUGUCUGGCUGGCAGUCAGGUUCUGGUGCUCCCUUAACUUCAUUUCACCACCAACUUGGUGAUGUAAUCACCCACAUAACAUUUUGUACUCCUCGUCCAAGUUCUGAAACAUCAAUUCGUGGUUUAGCUCGAGCAGCAGUUGCUGGAGAUGAGAAUGCUUUAGAUGCUCUUGCUGCUUGGAGGCCUCGAACCACAGCCCGAAUGAGAGAAGGUGCCCAACCAGAUAAUCAUUCUUGUUAUGCAGCUCAAGAUAAUGGAGUCAUAUUAUAUAUAGAUAUAAAUGGAGCUUGUUCUGAGGUUCUAAAUGCACCUGGGACUAUAAUAUUCAUGGGUAUCAUAAGCAACAUCUAUCUUUUAGUUGCAUGGGAGUCUGGUGGAGCAUUGAGUUUGACAAGAUUUAUCAUAUCUGAUGAUGGUUCCCUGAUGACAGACACACAUGUAAGGAUGACUGCAAGAAAUGGGCAAUGUAUUGAACUUGCAGGAAAUUUUUAUGUGGCUGUUAUCACUGGAGACAAUAUAAUUAGAAUUUGGGACAGUGAUACAGGUGACAAUGAUGUGUUACCAAAUGAAAAAGAAGAUAUAGUUGCAGGAGAUAUAUUCACAAGUAUCAGUUAUAGCACCUUAAGUGAUACUCUUUGUUGUGGAACAUCACAGGGCAAUCUGUAUCUAUGGAGACGAGAUCAUAGGAAUUAUUGGAAACUUAUAAGCAGUACUUCCGUUAAGGGUACUGUUAAAGAAGUUAGCUGGGGAUCUGAAGGCUUAAUGAAUCCAUUGCUGAAUGUGAAUUGUAUAACCAGUGCAUAUAUUCUUAGAGAACAACCUGUGUGCUGGGGAUAUUCACCUAAUAUACAUAUGGUACAAAAAUCUGCUAAUGAAAUUGCUCUUACACAUAAAAGUGAUGUAACAACAUUGAUAAAUACAUCAAUCACAGUGAGAGCAUUUGCUUUCAAGGAUCAAUAUAUUGCAUUAGGAGAUGGUAAAGAAGUACAGAUUUGGAUGUGCAGUAAAGACAAUGAAAUGAAAUUCUCUUUAAUACGUUCUUUUUCAUGGAAAACAGAUGUUCUGAUCAUUUAUAACGAUGUUUUAGUUGGUGUAGUCAAUCCUCAUAUAGAGUGUUAUUCCGUAUCUGGUAAUAGUCUAGGAAUACUGCCCAGUACUGAAGGGGAGGGUGAACCUAUUGGUGUAACUAAUACCAACAAGUUCAUAGUUAUAGCAACUAUGGAUGGUACCUUGAAAUUAGCUGAAAUCACAAAGAAAGGGCUUAAGAUGCCAUACCCUCCCAAAAAUUGUUAUCAAAUGAUCGAGGACUUUGGUGAAGUCAUGAGAGCGUCAGUUAAUUGUACCGGACGUUACAUAUGCCUUAGUAUUGCUAAUGCGGGUUUGGCACCUGAUCCAAGACUGUAUCUUUGGGACGUUGCUAAUGAUGUCAUCACAAAUACGCUCAUUUCUGAUAAUGCUACACCUCCGUACCAAAGUGUUCCAAUCGCAAUAAUAUGGGACUGUAAUGACCCAAGAAUAGUGGCCGUACAUAUGAGGUCGGCAGAACUAGACCGCAUACAUCUAUUUCUUUGCCACGAAGGUGCUCUUUACGAAUAUAAAAAUUGGUGUUCGUCCACUGAAAUUUAUUUCAUGACAGAUUUUAUGCUAUGUUCCUUGCAAACACCUCAUGUAGUUAUUUUAUCGCAACAAAAUAUUAAAAAGAUUUUAAUGCACGAAUUUGAAGACAUGACUGAAAAUGACUCUGUUACUGUGAAACAGGUAAUCGAUUUCCUUUACUAUAUGACAAUUGGCUAUUUGGAAAAGGCUGUUGUUGUUGGCACUAGUUUAUCAGGAAACAAAAACUCUGUGAUUUGGGACAGCUUAGCUAAAGUAUGUGUUACACGAAAGCGGCCUGAUGUUGGGGCUGUGUGUUUAGGUAAAAUGGGUAACAUAAAGGGAGCAUUAAUGAUGCGUCAAGUUAUGAGUGACACCCAAAUGGAUGACACUUGCAAGGUGGCUGUGCUUGCAGUCAAUUUAGGUAUGAUAGAAGAAUCGGAACAAUUAUUUCGGGAAGCUCAAAGACCAGAUCUGAUAACGCGGUUAAUAUCAGCAAAAGAAGGUGGUCUUAGUGAGAUAACAAACGGAAGUCACGAAGGCGAAAAUAUAUUGUUGAUAAAAAGCGCCCAACACAAAUUGGCUAAGAUGUCGUGGUCUAAUGGAGAAACUAGUGCGGCUUUAAAAUUGUUUGAAAGUGCCGGUACACUUGUGCCGCAUGUGCCGAGAAUGCUGGUAGCCCAAGGGCAGUCGCAUGUAUUGGCACAAUAUGCUUCAAAUUCUAAUGACAGUAGUUUAAUAACGUGGUGGGGACACUACUUAGAAAGUAUUGGCGAUCUUGAUAGUGCCUUAGAGUCCUAUGCCCGUGCGAAUAAUUAUGGAGAACAAACUCGACUACUAUGUCACAUGGACCGGAUAGAAGAAGCUGAGAAAAUUUGUGAUAAGAAUCGUUCGUCUUUAUACCAAAUGGCGAGGUAUUUGGAAAUGCAACCAAAUAAGACUGAAAGUGCAGUAAAAAUGUACAUAAAAUGCGGAGCAGUAUCAUCUGCUAUCCGAGUAGCCUCAGAAGCUAGCGCGUGGAACCUUGUUUGGCGAGCAGGCUCUACGUCACCGACCCAUGCUUUGCAUGCAGCCAGUAUACUUGAGAAUGCUGGACAAACUGAACAAGCUAUCGCUUUGUAUCAAAAAGCAGGAAAAGUUCACCUGGCUUUAAAAUUAGCCGUGAGCAGCGGUGACACAAAUGCAAUAGUUGCAGCAGUAGAAGCACUCGGUGAUCGAGUAGACCCUGAGUUAGCAAAUACACUUGCUGCUCACCUACGACAAGCAAACCAACACUCACAUGCUGCAGCCCUAUUAGCUACGGCUGGGAAGUAUGAGGAAGCUUUAGAUAUAGUUGAACAACUACCCACACCAUUAACAGAAGAGUUGAGCGAGAGAUUGGCAGCCCCGGCCGGUACGACUGGUCGCGAUGCCCUUUUGAGAAGAUUGGCCGAUGUCCUUGGUGCAAGGGGACUUUACCAUCAAGCUGCAAAACGACUCGCGCAUGCUGGAGACAAGGCAGGAGCAAUGCGUUGGCUAAUGCGGUCGGGUGACGCCGACCGCAUCGCAACUUUUGCCGCGGCAACCCGAGACCGAAAUGCUCAACUUAUGGCCGCCGACUACCUGCGUAGACGAGCCGAUUGGCGCACUCGACCAGAUUUAAUGAGACAUAUAUUACACUUCUACACCAGAGCUAAGGCCUAUGGGAAACUUGCUGGCUUUUAUGCUGAAUGUGCAAAAAUGGAAAUUGAUGAAUAUGAAAAUUACGACAAAGCCUUAGAAGCACUCAAAGAAGCAAUAAAAUCUUUAGGAAAGUCUUUGGAUACUGGCACAGACACUGGUGCUCAAACAACAGCUCUACAAGAACAAAGUGCACUUGUCAAACGGUUUGUAGAUGUGAAGAAAUUGUUAGAAUCUGGAGAAAUUAAUCCAGGUAUCAUCGCUGGACAACAACUUCUUCGAGCCGUGACUGGGCGUCCUGGAUUGAUUUCUGAAGAAAAACUACUUCGGUUACUGCUACAGUACGCGCCUAAUCACGCUGAAGCACCUCGAUUCGAACAGCAACUUAAUGCAUUACAAAAGCAACCUGAAGAUGGAAGUCAAAGUCCUGAAUCUGGUGAGCAGAGUAUUGAAGAAAUUGUGUAA